GUCAGCGCCAUCUAUUUGUGUCGAUGUUUUGCACGUGAUUUUUAGUUGUCUGUCUGUCUGUCUGUCUGUCUGUCUGUCUGUCUGUCUGUCUGUCUGUCUGUCUGUCUGUCUAAUAGUCAACAAACAAACAAAACAACAAAAAAACAGUAAAAAAAAGUUUUUUAGGAAAAGUUUUUUAUGGUUUCAAAGUUUGGCCGUCAAUUGGCGUCACAUUUCACACUCCGACUCAAGUCAUGAGCUCAAGACAACAACAACAACAACAACUGACUGACAAAGUUGUUGUAUUGAGACGUCGAAAGACAUCAGACCAAAGACAAAGUUUAUUAAAGACAACUUUAUUGAAACAAUUGGACAGAACUAUGUCGUCAUCGAUGGACAGAUAUCGAUGGACACCAAAUAUCGAUGGACUCGACUUUUCAGAGUCGGGUUCGUUGUCGUCUUCGUCGGCCAAUCACAACAACACGUCGUCUCCCGUCGUAUCGUCAAUUGAUGGCUGCAUCGAUCCUAAUGCUGAACCGCUGCCGCCGUCGCCGAUAACUAUUGACAACCAAAGUUUGCUUUCAACUGAGUUAUUUGCGGCGGUGUCUAACUUCUCUAUCAUUAGUCAAUGGUUAUCCGGAUUAACGACGGAUAACUCAAUGGCGACGACCGAUGGCGGCCAACCGUACGCCGGCGGCGAAAAUGGUGGCGAAAAUGGCGAACAAGAUAUACACGACCUGUUGAAGACAAUUGUCAAACAAUUGGACAAACAAAACAAUCAAUUGGAAACAUUAACAAAUCAAUUGGCAAAUCAAGAGCGCCGGCGGCGGCAAUGUUUUUGUCGCAUAAUGUAAUAAGUGUCCAAAUGUUGAAUCAAUGUCCGAACGAACGACA